AUGGGCUGUUGCGGGAGUGUAAUGAGUCCCGGUGACGAGCCGUUGGAAUCUCCUGUCACUGUGCAUACCCCCGCCAGUAGUGGUACUCCCACAGCUGUUGCAAAGGCCACUGACGAAGUUCCAGAUGAUUCGAGUCAGCAGAAAGACCUCCGGGAGAAGGACGAAGUCAUAUCUACCAUAAGCAACGGGAAACUCGCGAAUGAAACUCAGGGAAAUGAGGACAGAGGCCCCGAGGCUCUCUUGAAUGAUGCCCUGGGUUCGCCCGGAAAGAGAGACAGCAGACCUGCCUCCGGAAGGUCAGACAAGUCUUUCGAGUCCAAAAGGUCUCACGGCUCCGCCAAGAGCAGCAGGUCCUCUGGCUCUGUCAAGAGAGAAUCGCCUGUCAGUCAGGUCAGUCUUCCAGGAAUGAUCCCCGAGGAUGAUGCCGAGGAGUCGCCCUCUGGUGAUCAGGACAAACCCGACGAAGGGAAUGCAGAGGAGGCUCAGGCCCAAAAGUCACCAUCAGCUAAAUCCGCCAAGUCAUCGUCGUCGCCACCCCCUCCAAAUGGCCCGGCACCAGGAGAGAGCAGCGCGAAAUUAAGGACACCGAUGUCGUCUGCCGGGAGAUCCAGCAAGGAAUCGUCUUCGUUUGGGAAAUCUAUGAUUCAGGUGGUUUCCUUCGGCGACAGCAUCAAUGUGCCCAGGAGUGCUGGUGUCGGGGCAGAGGCCGCCGAUGAGACCUCGAUGAAAGAUUCAGAGGUCCAGGAGACAGCUUCCACGUCAGAGCAGAACCUGGAGUCCUCAGAGAAAGAAGGCCCUGUUCCACCUGUGGAACCAGAAAAAGUGACAGCUGCUGAGUCAGGUCCCAGUAUCAAUUAG